UCAUUCUUGUUGUAGUUGUUUUUGCUGUCUUCGUGACAAGUAUUAUGAUUGUGGAUAGCGGUUAUGAACAUUAUCUUCUUUCUAUUUCAUGUUUGCAGCAAUCAGUGACUUCAAAUGCUCUCUGCAGUUUCAACACCGAAACGAGGAAAAGAGACACAUCUGGAGGUUCAAAAAGAUGCUAGUAAGGACCCAUUCUUAAUGUCUUGUUGUAAAGUUGCAGAUGACAAAGCGGUCAGUGACGUCAAACGCUCUCUGCAGUUUCAAAACCUGAACGAUGAAAAGAGAUGUACAUCUGGAGGUGAUAAGAGGUGGUGGACGAGUUGCAACAUUGUGGUGGGUGAUUCCAGGUCCCUCAACACUGGUAAUAUGGUUCAAAAAGAUGCUAGCAAGGACCCAUUCGUAAUGGCUGGUCGUAAUGCUGGUUUGGCUAAAUGGAGUGGUGGUUUUGAUUGGUAUUGUUGGUCUGUGAGUUGCUCUUGCUGUCUUCUUGGUUGUUCUGAUCCGGUUAUGGAAGACAAGGGAGCAAGAACUUUUCAAUGCGUAGCAUUAGCAUAAACCUAUGAGGUUGACAAAAUCCCAACAAGCGAUGAGCUCUUAAAGUGGGUACUCCCAGGGGAUGACCUCUGUUUGUCAGCUAUAGUCGGUAUAAAGGAUAACCUCGAAACUGCUAAAGCUAUCGCACUGGAGAUGGAGAUCCACUGAACCUAAUCUCACUGAAGGAAAAGCUUUUCGAUUCUUAUCUGAUUCCGAGAGAGAAAAGAUAGCCGAUAAGAUAUCGGUAUUUAUCACCUAAUGCUACUUACCAAUUCUUAGUAUGUAAAAGUUCGAAUACUGAAUGUCAUGAUAAUUCUGUACAUUUCAAUAUUGUUACAAGAAACAACAUAAGGAGCAAGCCAAGGUUUUGGGGAGAUCAUCGCCCAAUGACAAACUUUUGCUUGUUCAUGCCCUUAAAAGUAGAGGCCAUGUCGUCGCGGCAGAUAUUGGCCUUGCUGUGUGAGAAAUUGAGAAUUCAAGGAACAUAAGUGGCUAAGGAGAGCUUGGAUAUCAUCACGUUUUGCUUUGUUAUAUCCACUUCAGUUGUUAAGCCGUAAUCGGUGAGCACAAACAGUCAACUGAACGAGGAGAUGAGAAACAUACAUCUGGAGGUUUGUACUCUCAGUGUUUUUUUUUAAACCAUUCCUAUAAUCUGCAUUAUGUUGUUUACACUUUAGAGGUGAGUACUGAGCAGGUGAUAAGAGGUGGUAGACGAGUUGAAAUUUCAACAUUAGUAAUCAGGUAGUGAUUGAUGCUACUCCCUUUGCUUAUUGUUUCUUGGUAUGUCAUAGUUGGUCUGCAACAUAUAUAGAUUAUGUUGUAUGAAAAAAGUUGUGUAGGUUCAAACGGAUGAGGUAUUAAUAUCUGGCCACUCGCUUGCCC